AUGCCCGAGGCAGCUGUGGACGGGGCUCUCCAGAGGGCUGGGGAACUAUCACAGUCACAGCCGAGGCUGGGAAGGGAGCCAGGGCUGCAGCUCCUGCUCCGCUCUGCAGUCCACCCCUCUAGCGCCGCCCAGCCCCGCUGCCUUAACUGUUCCUCUGGCUGCGGGUCCCUCGGCUUGGCCACCCCCACGCUGCAGUAUCGAGUGAACUUCAGACCUAGGUAUGUCACUAGGUAUAAGACAGUGACGCAGUUGGAAUGGAGGUGCUGUCCUGGCUUUAGAGGGGGAGAUUGCCAAGAAGGUCCCAAAGAGCCCGUGAAGACCCUCCAACCCACGCCCGCUCGGCCUCGAAACAGCUUGAAGAAAGCCACAGAUAAUGAACCCAGCCAAGUCUCAGAGCCCAAGAAGACUUUGUCCCCAACUGGUACAGCACAACCAAGCCGGGCGUUAGAUCCAAAAGAGGGGCCCCAGGAACUUCAGGAAAAGAAGAUACAGGUGCUAGAGGAGAAGGUUCUCCGACUCACAAGGACGGUUCUUGACCUCCAGUCUUCCCUUGCUGGAGUGAGUGAAAAUCUCAAACAUGCCACUCAGGAUGAUGCCAGUAAAACACGGACACCAGGGCUCAGCAGCCAGCACCCCAAGCCUGACACCACCAUUAGUGGAGACACAGAAACGGCCCGGAGUCCUGGCGUCUUCAACACUAAGGAAUCUGGCGUGAAGGACAUCAAGUCUGAAUUGGCUGAAGUCAAAGAUACUCUAAAGAACAAAAGUGACAAGCUGGAAGAGCUGGAUGGAAAAGUGAAGGGCUACGAAGGGCAGCUCAGACAGCUCCAGGAAGCAGCCCAGGGCCCGACGGUGACCAUGACAACCAACGAGCUCUACCAAGCCUAUGUGGACAGUAAGAUCGACGCCCUGAGAGAGGAGCUCAUGGAGGGCAUGGACAGAAAGCUGGCUGACCUGAAAAACUCAUGUGAGUACAAGCUCACUGGCCUCCAACAGCAGUGUGACGACUAUGGGAGCAGCUACCUGGGAGUGAUAGAGCUCAUAGGGGAGAAGGAAACAAGCCUGAGAAAAGAAAUAAAUGACCUCCGAGCCCGGCUACAGAAGCCUUCAGCCCAGGCAAACUGCUGUGACAGUGAAAAGAAUGGUGACAUUGGUCAACAGAUCAAGACGUUGGACCAGAAAAUCGAGAGAGUUGCUGAAGCCACCAGAAUGCUGAAUGGAAGACUGGACAAUGAGUUUGACCGCCUUAUAGUUCCAGAGCCAGAUGUGGAUUUUGAUGCAAAAUGGAACGAACUUGAUGCAAGGAUCAACGUGACGGAGAAGAACGCUGAAGAACAUUGCUUUUACAUUGAGGAAACCCUUCGGGGGACCAUUAAUGGAGAGGUGGGUGAUUUGAAGCAGCUUGUUGAUCAGAAAAUACAGUCUCUGGAAGACCGUCUGGGGGGUGUUCUCCUACACAUGGCCAACAACACUGGUGCAGAGCUCAGGCCCCCAGGGGCAGCAGCCCUGCCAGGAGUGUCAGGGCCAGGAGAUGAGCGGGUCAUGAUGGAAUUAAACCACCUGAAGGACAAAGUUCAAUUUGUUGAAGACAUUUGCCUGCAGAACGUCCAGGGAAAGCCUCAUGGGAUGGAAGGUGCCUUGCCAAAUAGGGAAGAUCGCGCAGUGCGCGACAACCUGCACCUUUUGAAAUCUCUCAACGACACCAUGCACAGGAAGUUUCGAGAAACCGAACGAACCAUUCAGAAACUUCAACAGGAUUUUAGUUUUCUUUAUUCUCAAUUAAACCACACAGAAAAUAAUGUGGCUCAUCUUCAGAAGGAAAUGAGCAAUUGUAGAGCAGGUGAAAAUGCUGGCGUGGGUGGGUUCACUAAGGGGGGUGAGCAAGAAAGGACAGUGGACACCCUGCCGUCCCCCCAGCAUCCCAUGACUCAUUGCUGCAGUCAGCUGGAGGAGAGGUGGCAGAGGUUGCAGAGCCAGCUCCUCUCGGAACUGGACACUUGUAAGGAAAGCAUGCAGGGGGUCCAGAGGGAGGUCUCCACGGUGGAGGGCAGGGUGUCUCAUAUGGAGAAAACUUGCAGCAAGCUGGACUCUAUCUCAGGAAAUCUUCAGAGGAUCAAGGAGGCGCUCAACAAGCAUGUCAGCAGCCUGUGGAACUGCGUCAGGCAGAUGAACGGAACACUCAGGUCGCAUUCCAGAGACAUUUCUGGCCUAAAGAAUUCAGUCCAGCAGUUCUAUAGCCACGUCUUCCAGAUUUCUACUGAUUUGCAAGAUCUGGUCAGAUUUCAACCAUCAGCAAAUGAGGAGUCACCUAGGCCCAAGAGGACCAGGAAUCUGGCCCCCACCCCAGUGUCCGGCCUGCUGGAAGACCAACACUGUUGCUUCGAAAAAGCCCGUUUGUCUAAGCUCACCCCGCACCCAUUCGGCACCACAAGCCACAGUUUCUCUGAAUUUUCUGAUGAGUCCAGCAUUUCUCAUGCUUCAGUCCGUGAUGGUAUGGGGGUUAUUUCCCAGGAACUAGAGCUUUGCCACUCAGCGGAGCAGUCAACUGUGAAAGCAUCUUCCGUCCAUCCACUUAGCUUUCUGCGUCCUGUGGCCGGUCGGGAGGGGCUUCCUGGAGGGCUAGUUCCAGGAACGAAUUCAAAGGAGGAAAGGGCGGCAGCUUCCGGCCGCUUCCCAAGAGGGCUGGGAAAUGCGAAUCGGGAGGUUCCUCCGUUGGAAGUCCCUUCGGCUGGCGACGUGGGCGCUGUGGCUGUGGCCCCCGUGGAGCCUGAGCCCUCUGCAGCCGGCGGGAGAGGCCGGGGACCCUGGGGGGAGCGUGGUUCAGACACUGAGGGGGUCGGUGGCAUCAGGUCCCUUUCAGACCUUUGCGAUGCUCCCAUGGUGUCCGCGCGCUGUGAAACCGGGAAUUGCUUUGCGGGCGCACCAGGAUACCCAAAGUCACCUCCUGUAGCUUCCCCAGCUGAGGUGGGCAGCCGGCUGCCGUGGGAAGACAGAGAUGGCUGGUCUCCCAGGCCCAGGUUAAUCACUGGGGGGGCCACUUACUGCCAUGGCAACGGCUGUGACUUUCUCCCCGCAGGCGUCUUCACGGCUCCUUACGAUGGGCGCUACCUGAUCACAGCCACCCUCACCCCCGAGAGAGACGCCUAUGUGGAAGCAGUGCUGUCGGUCUCCAACGCCAGCGUGGCCCAGCUGCAUACCGCUGGGUACAGGAGAGAGUUCCUGGAAUACCACCGCCCCCCAGGGGCUUUGCACACCUGUGGGGGCCCGGGGGCAUUCCACCUCAUCGUGCACUUGAAGGCGGGAGAUGCAGUCAACGUCGUGGUGACUGGGGGCAAGUUGGCCCACACAGACUUUGACGAAAUGUACUCCACAUUUAGUGGGGUUUUCUUAUAUCCUUUCCUUUCCCACCUCUAAGGUGGCUGGGGAGGGGUCAGGGGAAAGAUAGUUGUAAAAACUCUAAAGCUUUAAUAUAUUUGGUUUUGUAUGUAAUGGAAGCAUGGGGCUAGAGUUUUCCGCAUAUGUCCCACCACCUGUCCCUAACAUAAAGGCCUUCCCUCGCUGUUGAGGCCACCAUGCCUUACUGCAUCCAGUCAGGCUGUGAAGAGUGAGGCACAUGGUGAAUGUGGCCACUGACUUUUCUGUCACUGACUGGACAACUGGAAGACUUGGAAAGGCCUUCACCUGUAUCUACACUCUGGCAAGCUCAGACCCAGGGCCCUGGACUGGGUCUGAGCUUGCCACAGAGGCUCCGUCUGACUGUGGGCUGGGAGGAGGGAGGCAGGGGAGAGCUGGUCACUGUGGCUGGCCUUUACUGCAGGGCAGCACUGUGGCCGGCUGUCUGUCUUUACACUGCACGCAGAAGUUGAAACACUGAAGUGCCGAAGCGGCCCGUGCCGCCGCACAGACACCCUGACUUUAGUUUGGGCUGUUCCACGCUUGGUUCACCGUUGCUGCCUGGGACUUACCUGCUCACCCGGGCCUUGGCCCAGCUGCAAAUGGGGAUACGUUAGAAACUGUUCCCAAAGCUUAUCGGGCUCCUUAAAUGACAUGUACAAUUUAAGUGCAAAGACAGGGAGUGUCAAUAAAGAGGUAAAGCCAUUUCCAGUUACUUUUGUUAAGUGUGGUGCCUUCCGGAUCAGGAAUUGUUGCUAAAAAGCAAACUGUAGACAUUUGUUUCAAAAAGGGCUACAGAAAGUAAUCCUGAAUAACAUUAAUCUCAGCUACAAAACUGUUACCCCUUCGCAUCCAAGCUGUACACUUGGGUUUUGUUUCUGGCUUGUGAAGACGGACCAGAUGUGCACAGGUCAAGGCCCCAUGUGAUCUGCAGCUGGAGCGGCUCCUCUGGGGAUGCUGCACUCAGACCCCACAGCAGCUGCCCAGGCUAACGGAAUCCCUGCUGCUUCACUGCACCACUCUCCAGCAGCCACAGCUCGCCCAGCGCUCGGGUUUCUAAGCAGCAGGAGGCUCAACCUAACGCUGGCCACACGCUGACAGCUGAGCCCAUCUGAGAACACGGCAUUGUCACACAGCGAGACGCCUCCACUGAGGGGAGGCCCAGGAGUAUUGAUCUGUCACCAGUGGCCACGGAGACCUCUCAGCACCCUCAGUUCAAGGUAGUCUCUGUGGAUCAGGUUGGUAAAACCUACUGGUUAAUCAAGUCCCCCUGGGGAAAGGUUUGGACAGUAGAAACAAGAGCUGCAGUUUCCUUGGCCCAGAAGAUGAUCUUACGCUGUAAAAAAUGCUUUAAGAACUGUUUGCAAAUGAAUUCACAGAGUGGCCACUGGACACUUCAGAGUUCCUAUUUAUUCCCCCAGCCACAGCUAGGUAAGAUAUGAGCAAGAACUAAAGAUUUGCCGUUUUACUAUUUAAAAUUUGGAUCUCUUUGUCCAGGAGCGGGAGGCAGAAUGGCAUCUCACCCCGUUACCACAGCUGGGGAACUGGCUCAAGGGAGCUGUCAGAGUAUCCUUGGCUGUCCUAGGAAUGACUCAUGGAAAAAGCCCCAGUGUAGCAGUGUCUUCAGGAAAACCCAGCCGGCACGCGCCAUCGCCCUCUCCCCUCACGCUCCUUUUUAAAAGACCGCACUCAGCACUCAAGGGGACGUGCUCAAGAGCUGCAGGGGCAGGGCCCAGGCAGAAGGUGGGUGAUGACUACCUGCUGCUUUCCCUACUCCGCAGAAGGGUCUGGAACAUCGGGUAAAACCCAGUCCUCCUGUCAGUGCGUCUCUACUCACCAACAAAGGUGAAUCUCAGCUCUGUGUAUUCAAGACAGGCAAAACAGAAUACGCCUCAUCGUGGCUGGAGCCUGCCUCUACUUUGAGAUAAAGCAGGAUGACAGCUGGAUCCUGGCCCACUUAGGAGACAUCUUUAGAAAGGGAAAGGCUGUCUUUUUGUACAGGCAGCAGAACAAGGUCAGCUGAGCUUAAGGCUGUGGGGUUCAGAGCAGCCCUUCAAGUCAUCACCCCUGAAGUAGCAUGCCUGGGAGCCAGAGGCAUACCAAACCCUCAGACAUCAUCGGGAACAAGCUCACUACUUUUUUUUUUUUUCUUUUGAGAUGGGGUCUCACUCUGUUGCCCAGGCUGGAGUGCAGUGGUGUGAUCUCGGCUCAGUGCAACCUCUGCCUCCUGGGUUCAAGCAAUUCUCCUACCUCAGCCUCCCGAAUAGUUGGGACUACAGGUGCAUGCUGCUACGCUCGGUUAAUUUUUUUGUAUUUUAGCAGAGACGGGUUUCACUGUGUUGCCCAGGCUGGUUGCGAGCUCAGGCAAUCUGUCCACUUCGGCCUCCCAAAAGUGCUGGGAUUACAGGUGUGAGCCACCACGCCCAGCCAAGUUCACAACUUCUGAUAUCAAGUUGUUGCUGAGAAAAGGUCAGGACACUUCUUAAGUAGAGGACUGUGACGUCCCCUCCUCAACUCCAGGUAACACUGACAAAUGGCCUCAUUUACAUGAUUAAAAACAAAAUGGUAUCGUCAAUAAAUGCAAACCUUAAACUGCA